AUGGGUGACUUGCCCAAGAACCAUUUUGCUCUUCAUGGGAUUGCUGCUGCUGGGUCAGUGGCUUUGGCAACAGCCCUCACUUAUCCCUUGGAUACCAUUAAAGUAUUUCACAGGUUGUAAUUUGUUGGUUCAAGUUCUGGUAAGGAGUUGACCGCUGCCCAGGGGUUGAUCAGAGUACAAUCAUUGUCGGGAAGUGCAGGUCUUUACAGCGGAUUUCGCUGGUUGGCAUUAGGAAGGAUUUUAGGUUUAGGGACGUUCGGGGUCUAUGAAAUCUUGACUGCCUUUCAUAAAGAUGGUCGGGAAGAUAAUGUGUAUGCAUCUGAAGCCCUUAUGGCUGGAAUGGUAGCUGGCGCUGCAGAGGCACUUGUAAGCUCUCCAUUUGAAAUCAUCAAGCUUCGUGCUCAGGUCACUUCUGCUUCUGUCAUGCCACGCUCAACCUUUGCUUUGGAAAAGGGAACCGGUGCACCUCUAAUUGCAAGAUUAAUUAAUGGGUGUUAUCCAGACAAGAGGUCUUUGAACCAUUAUGUUGGACUCAUUUCCACCCUAACAACCAAAAGUUCAAACGUAGCAGGUGCUCUAUUGGAAUAUCCAUGGACAAUGACUGGAUCUGGGAAGCCACCCUCAGUUUGCCAUGUGAGGAGGCCUUCAGACAUUAUAUCUUUGGAAGGAUGGGGGACGUUAUGGAGAGGAAUUCGUUCUGGUGUUGCUCGAGAUUCUGUAUUUGGUGGUGUAUUUUUUUCUAGCUGGCAAUUCUUGCAUCAAGCACUGCUUGAUUGGAAAGCUGCAGGAAUGGAUCCUCCGCCCAGGACAAAUGAAGAAAUUGGAACAUUGUCUCCUUUGACUGUGAACCUUUCUGCUGGAUUCUCAGCAUCAAUUGCUGCUGCUGCUUCUCACGGUUUUGAUACUGCACGAAGUAGAUCACAGUGUACUGUGCUACCAAAGGUAUAG